AUGUUUACAAUUGCUCACGAUUUUGCCACAUGGGUGAAGUUGUUGAAUUUUUACUGGUAUCGCCGUCGCAUUCUGCACUACAUUGUCCAGCUGGAGGAGCAUACGCGCUACACGCCAAACUACAUUCGGCAUGCAGCCAUAACGAUUGCAGAAAAAUCAAUAAAUCAAGGUGCCUCAAUAUCGAUGAAAUACAUCAAAAUACGGGGCUACAUAACGUUGAGCUAUGCUAUUGUGGGCGUCUUGAAAAAUGAAUUAGCUUAUCCCUUUUGGUAUCCCUUCAGUACGGAGCCUUUUGCCUUUUUUCUCGUUGCCUCCAUGCAACAGCUGGUUUGUACUGGCAUGGCCAUCACCAUUCAAAUCCUGCUAGAUGCCCUUUUCUUCUCCUACAACAUCAUCUUGAACGGCCACUUGGAUACCUUGUCGUAUGCCUUGAUUAAUUUACUCGAGGACACAAACAAUGACUCACGGACAAUGCACAAGAGAAUCAAAGAGUGUGUCAUUUAUCAUCGGAAUUGUGUCGAGUUAGCAAAUGCCUUACAAGAUCAUUGGUCAAUACAUCUACUUAUGCAUGGCUUGGGGAACACGGGCACCAUUUGUACCAUGCUUUACAUCAUUCCGCAAGGUCAAACGGCAAAUUUAGCUAUUCAUGGUGCUGCAGUCAUCUCGUUACUCGUGACAGAACUCUUCAUCAUGUGUUACUACACGAACGAGUUGACUUUGAAAAGUGAAGCGUUGCUCGAUGCCUCCUACACCACUAACUGGUACGAGACUCCGCUCCAAUUCCAGCUGUCCUUCAGGAUUCUCCGAGAACGUCUUUCGAAACCCAUAAAAUUAGUUUCUGGCAAGAUAUUCGACAUAAAAUUGGAAAACUUUCGUACGGUACCUCAAUGGGCAUCCAGUACGCAUGAAGAAGAAAAAUCAUUGUCCGAGAAAACUGUCUCCAGUAGUUUCGAGAUGCGUAUCAAAAUGGAGCACGAACACGAUAAUUAG